CUAAGUAUUGUUGAACAAAUGAAGAGAAGACAACCAGAGGAACUAGAAAACAAGUUCUGUGUAAUAAGUUUCAGUAAAGAAACACACAACAAACAUAGAAGAAUCACCAGACCAAGUGUGGAGGGUCGACUUAGGAUUAAAAAAAUGGACGAAGCAGAUUUCGUGGUGACCAAUGAUAAAAGUGUGUUGAAAAUACCUCAUUGUAAAGUUAUAUUGGUGUUUGUGGACCACAAUCAGAAAGAUGUCAUAUUAGAGACCCCAGGUGAGGAUGAAGAAGAUAUCAAAUUAUUAACCGUACAGGCCUGCCGUAAAAUGGGAGCCGAUGUGUUCGUGAUAUAUGUAGGUGAUGAAGGAUCUGAAUCCCUGAUGGCAGGAUGUCUGUAUAACCCACAGUUGACUACAGUAGCCGAACAUUUUGAGCUCAAACAACUUGAGCAGAGAAACCGAGUUAUAACAUGCCAUGAGAACUUCACCAUCACACAGCGAGAGAAAGUAGCUCAGGCUAUUGCUUAAUUAGGCUAUAGGUGCAGCCUGUUGUGUAAAUUCUGUU